GUUCAUAGAGAAAAUUAUUGGUCAAUCUAUCAAUCAAAUCAAUCAGGUACAAAAGCUAAUGUGAUUUUAUUAUAGUUCACUUCAGUUCACUUUUAAAUUAAUUAGUCCACCUCCUAAAAUAUGCCUGCUCGGGGUAGAAGCACCGGCGGUGGGGGCCGAUCCCGGUACUCUCCUUCGGAGAGGCAUGCGCCCGCCAGCCCUCCGCCAAUCGUAGUGACGCCGAUGCCGCGCCGGUCUGUAUUCCGUGACGCGGCAGCAGUCGCUGGAGGCGUCACUGUGGGCACAACCAUGGGCCAUUUAGCCGGGGAGGCCAUAAGCAGUAUGUUCUCCGGGCGGCGCCGCGAGGAGGUGGUCCAUUCCUUGCCGCAGAACUACCAGCUGGGCUCUGAGCCCACCGGCCCCUGCGCAUACGAGAUCGCACAGUUCCUGCAAUGCGCGAGCAGUCGCGACAACCUGCAGGAGUGCGAGGCGUUCAACGAGGCGCUGAGGGAAUGCAAGCGGCGUAACAGGAUUCCAUAAACACCGUUCAGGAUCUCUCCAGCCACAUACAAGCCAUGCACAGAACAACUCAAUAGACCGAAAACUGUAAAGUAAACCUCUACAAAUAAAUUUUAUUAU